AUGCCAGCUCUCGGCGCGCUCGGCGUAAACUUCAACGAGAAUCUAAAUUGGCUCAAACAAUCUGAACUUGAAUGCAUCAAAACAAAAUGGGUUCGCGGCUUCAUCGACAUGCACCAAAUAAACAUCCAACAAGCUCGCCAAAACGCAAACAUAAAACCCCUCUUCAAUGCCAUUGACACAGGCUACAACACCAUCCUAAGCUUAAAAUGGAACUACAGCAACCUCGACUUCCCCAAACCCGGAAGUCCAGAACACCAAAGCGAACUCCAGACCCUCUCACGCCUUUUAGACAUGGUCAUGAACCACGUCGAUAUCCUCGUCAUCGGAAACGAACCAUUCAUCGAAGCAAAACCAGACACAGACUCCAGAAUCAACGUAUUCUACGAGUCUCUCGCGGAAGUAGUGAUGACCUCCCGCAAAGUCUCACCAGGUCCCAAAACCACAAGACUCUUCAUGGGCGCUCUCAACAGACUCGAUCUACCCGCAAACCGCACACCUGCGAUCGAGCGCUUCCUGGAAUACAUAGCUUCGAAGCCUGAUCUCGACGGUGUGGAUCUCCAUCUUCACAUGGCGGGAUUAGCGGGCCAUCAAUCCAUGCUCGAUUAUGCGCUUUUGAGACUCCGUGCUGAUCAAAAGUUCCUGGUAACUGAAUUUUCGCUCGUCUGGCAUUUUAGACAGCAUAUGGCGGAUGAAGUGUCGCGAGAGUUCUGUACAAAGUAUGGAUUCCCGGUGAGGACGAAAGUGUGCGAGAUUCUUAGUGCGGGGAUUCGUAGUCCGAUGCCGUUGGGGCAGUGGGUGGACUUUUUGAGAGGCGAGAAGUGGUAUAACGGGGUGCGGGGCUUUAUCCUGCAGGCUAUGGAGAUGUAUAAGGCUACGGGGAGGCUGGAAGUUGCUACGUAUGGACUUUCGCCGAUGCGUCAUCGGAAGAAGGGUUUUGAUGUUGGGGAUACGCCUUGGUUGCUGAAUGGAGUGUUUGCACCGCCUACAGUUAGAAUUGGGGAGGAUGGAGAGAGGUGUGAGAAUUGGCCUUGGGCGGAAGAGUUUCGCGUUAUACAGGGUGGAUGA